AAAUUUCUCUGUUAAUCCUUCCUUCUAAAAUCUUGACAGUUUACAAGUCCAAUUAUUAUUUAUUUUCAUAAUUAGAAAUGCACCAGAUAUCCUCAGAAUACCUAAUUACUAAUGUUCAAUAAUUGUGAAAUCCAUGCAAAUCGUUUAAAACCCCCAAUUUAUGGUUAUUGAGAUCUGCCAUCAGUUAUAUAUAUCCUAUCCUAGCAAGGUGUCAGAGAAAGUGCUUUUACCCUGAAGGCUACGUAGUAUUUGAACACUUAAAAAAAUAAGAAGAUCAGGAUGGCGGUGAAGCAGAUGCUGGUCGAGCAUUCGGACAGCGCGACCACGGACGCGAGGCUUCAGCUGCUGCUGCGACAGCACGAGAUCGCCAGCAGGAACGGUCAUCGUAGGGACGAGAUCUGCAUCAGCAUGGUCAUCGGCCUGGGUACGUGCACGGUGCCCACGGACCCCACCAAAUUCAAGAAGUUCAUCGCGGACCUGCACCAGGUGGAGGAUAUCCUAAGGCAGGAAUGCUCCAACUUUGACCUGUUGUACGCCACCUUGAGGGCGCUCUACAACGAGAUAUCCGACAGCAAUAAGAUUUUAUCACCCGCUAUGUCAAUAGUUCUGCGUUUGAUCCCUCUGGAGAUGAUUCCUGACGCAGUCAAAUGGAUCCUCAAUUCCGGCUACAAAUACGUAAGCCUAGAGAAGGCUCUACAUAAUUUAUGUCUGUGGCUCACCAAAUGGACUUACACUCCAAAUCUCAGUCCGUUGGUCGUCUUAUUCAUGGAGGCUUUAGAAGAGGAGCACCACGCGAAUAUCAUCCUGGACGUCACUCUGGCCACUAUCGAGCCACUGUUCAAACUGUUAAUCAUGGAGGACUUCAGAAAAACCGUCGGUCCUGUGGUAUUCUACAUGUUGAACAGGGUACAAAACAGCCCGGAGGUGUACGAAAAAAUUUUUCCGCACCUGAUGAACACGGCCACAUUCCUGGAAAGGGAAAAUUCAGACGACAGUAUCUUAUACCUUCAGAAACUGGUCCAUUUGUACUCGAAACUUAAACAAAUCUAUCCGGAUUAUCAGAUGGCUUACGACCACUUGGAAUCGGUGCUCGACGUCUGCAUGUGCAGCAAGGCGAGCAGGGACAUGCUCAGCUCUGACAAACCUUGGGUUUGCGAACUGACAGAGGUCAACCCUCAAGACGUUAAGGUCGGAUUGAACAACUUGGGAAACACCUGCUAUAUGAACAGCGUCCUCCAGGCCCUGUACAUGACCAAAUUCUUCAGGAACAACGUCCUGAUGUUCGACCAUACGGAGAUGCCCCUGUUAAACAGCGUCCAGGAUCUGUUCGUGUUGUUGCAGUGUUCGAAGAAAUUCACGCUCUCGCCCACCAAUAUCCUUCACUUGGCCAGACCGGCGGGCUUCAACGUGGGUUUUCAACACGACAGUUCCGAGUUUCUUCUGCACCUGUUGGAUAUCAUGCAUGAGCAGGAGGUUUCGCAGUUGAAGGGAAAGAAGGAUGCUCCUACGACUUCUGAUGAAUCGAACACGUUGCCGAAUACAAUCGUGCAGCAGUCCUUCGGCGGUAGGUCUAUGACCGUCUUCACGUGUGGAGAGUGCAGCUCGCACAGCGAGAAGAUCGACAAUUUCAGGGAACUACCCCUCUGUUUCCCUGACGAGGACGAGGAUAUGUACAAUGUGAAACAUUCCGUUUCAUCGCUACUGGACCUGUACUUACAACCGGAAAAAUUGUGCGGCCAGAACAAGUACGACUGUAACAAAUGCGGACUGAACGACGGCGAGAAGGUGACGCGUGUUAUACAGGCACCACGAAGACUAAUCAUGACCCUGAAACACUUCAAGUACGAUUCCAAGUUGCACAAGAGGACAAAACUUCUACACAGAGUGAAAUUGGAGGAAUAUAUUCAACUUAAUGGUGUCGGUUAUGAACUUUACGCCGCCGUUGUACAUCACGGAUCAAACGCCGAUCACGGACACUAUUACGCCCUUGCCAAAGAAAACGAACAAUGGUACAAAUUCAACGACACAAUAGUGAAGAAACUGACCCUGGCCGAAAUCUAUGAACUUAAACCUCCGGAAACACCUUACAUAUUGUUCUACAGGAAUCAACAAUCCGAAGAACCAGAAAACCUCAAAAAAUCCGGUCUGCCCCUGCGAUUGCAAGACGUGGUUCAGAGAGAUUUGACCGAGAAGGAGGAAGACGAAAAAUCGAAGAAACCCUAUGUAACCAUAUAUCAAACUAGGCAAAACAGGAAUAAUGACGACUCGAUGCCGCCUCCAGGAUGCGGCGGCGGUCUGUCGGACGCGCCGUCGAACAUGUACGUCUUCUGAGGUGGGAUAGUAACGCAAUAUUGUAAUAUUUGUAAAUGUUUUAUUGUAAUAUAAAGGUAGGCACACAUAAGGGCGAGUUAGGGAUCUUUGGCGCCCUCUCUCGGUUGUUUUAUGUUCACCAUGGAUGUAUCUGACGGCGCCAGGUGGCUUGAGUUGAAAUUUCGGACUGUUUUUUUUAUCGGAAUGUAAAAUUUGCGUUAAUUUUCGUUUUGAAAUUUUCGUUCGUUUGAUCGGAGUGAUGAUGAAAUUUCGAUUUUUAGGAUUUAAAAUGUACAUAGCGAAUGAUUCUAUUUAAUUUAUUUGUUGUUAAUUUAUAGGGUGAGAUUCGAUGGCAACACGAAGAGGUUAACGAGUGAUUAAUUUGUCUGAUCCAUAUCUCAGAUGAAUUGAAUAUUCGUCGAUCUCUCGUGGAUAAUGUUGGGACCUUUGUUUAAAGUUGUUUAACGUACUAAUAGAAGAGUUAUCUUUAUUUUCAUGUUUUUAGUCGUACUAAUUGAUAUCAUUCGAACCCAGUGAAAGGGGUCCCAACAGUAUCGAUGUUCCUGGAAUAACACCUAUUGCAGUUUAUCCAAAGUCGCUUGAAUAACACGAAGAAGUGUUAAUGCAUCAGUUUCUUCGAUGUAUUGGCUUUUUCAUACAUCACCCAAGUGACUUUGGAAAGACUAAAUGACAAUGUAUCGAAUCUUCCUAAUUGUGAUUCCCUUGCCACCUGGUGACCCUCACUUGUUCAACAUUUUACAUAUUAUAAUAAACAUUUGAGGUUAAAUCGAUCGAUUUUUGAACUAAUCUGUGAAAGUGAUAGAAAAAUGUUUUCUAUGAACCCUGUUAUAUACAUAUAACCUUUUAAAAAUAUUUAUUGUCGUGAAUUAUUCGAUUUCACUUAUACAAAUUAUUUCGUCAUUAAUGGCUGUUUCUUUUCCUAUUUUUUUCAUUCCAUGUUAUUUUGUUGAAUUUUGAAGUUUAUAAUGAAGCGAAAUUGGACUUCGUUUUUUCGAUCAAUAUAUUUUGGCCAUUGAAAA